UGUCCCCUGGGACACAGCGGAUCAUCGAUCAAUGGAAAGAGCCGAAGACGACGGCUCUGUCAUGUGAUCAGCUGUGGCACUGAUGAUUAUUGUGCCCUGAUGAUCAGUGAAGCCCCAGCAGUGCCACCUGUCAGUGCCCAUCAAUGCCACCUGUCAGUGUUCAUCAAUGCCACCUGCCAGUGCCCAUCAAUGCCACAUAUCAGUGCCUACCAGUGCACAUCAAUGCCACAUAUCAGUGCCCAUCUGAGCUGCCUUUCACUGCCACCUAUCAGUGCUAGUAAGUGCCACCUAUCAGUGUUGCCAAUCAGUGCCACAUAUCAGUGCCAGUCAGUGCUGCCUAUCAGUGCCAGUCAG